AUGCACGAGCACGAGCACGUGCACCUGCGGCGCUGGCCCCUGAGCAACCAGAAGCAGCGGCAGGCGAGAGGGCGAAAGAGGAAGGUCGAGCAGCGAGCCGCGUCCCGCCGCUGCUUCAUGCUUGUGCUUCUGCCGCCGUGCUUCGCUAGCAGCGCCAGUAGGCAGAGAAUGCGCUUCCGCCAGCAGAGCGUCGCUCUCGCGGCGUGUCGUGCUAUGGGCCUGGCGCCGCGCCGCCGCGCCGCGCUUCGCAGAGGAAGGCUGAUGAGCAGCGGCCGACACCUCAGACCCAGCUUCGUCUCCCUCAUCACCUCGCGGCCACUCGCUCUUCCGCGCCGCUUCCACCUGCGCCCGACUGCGUCUCGAUCUCGCUUGGCUUCCUCCGCCAUGCCGCCCACGACGCGCAGCUCGCGCAGCCGGAGUGCCGCUGAGCAGCCGGCGGCACAGCCGGCGCCCAAGCGCUCCAAGCGCGGCUCGGCUGCUGCCCCUGCCAAGGCGGUGGAGAAGCAGAAGGUACAGCUUCUGAUCCGCCUGAAGCAGACCUACAUCUCGGUGUCCGAGUCGCCGGAGCCCGAAGGCGAGGGCUCGUCGACUGCGGGACCUUCGACUCGCGCCGAGACUUCGGUCGAACAGAGCCCGCCAGCUGCGGCGGCGACGGCGCAUGAGCACGAGCAGUCACAGGGCAGCGUAGGCGGAAUGAAGGGCUCACCUCUCAGCAAGGGCGAUGCUGAAGGCUCGCAGCCACGCUCGCAGCACAGCGCUGCGCCCAGCAAGUCCUCGCAGCCCAGCGCCGGCGCGAGCAAGGCAUCGCAGCCUGGCACCGGCGAUGCUGGACAGCCGCACUCGCAGCGCAGUGCCAGUCAAGCCAAGCAGGCCAAGCAGUCACAGCAGAGCGUCGCCGACGAAGACAACGACAACAGCUUCGACUUUGGCUCGGACUGCUCAUCGGUCAAGAGUGCCGACUUCGACAUCGAGGACCCGAUGCAGUCGUUUGGCCUCUCUUCUCGCGAGCGCGAGGCCAUCGAGAUUGGCAUCCAAGCCACCGCGGCGCGCCUUGCCGACGAGGGCACUGCAUCGGGCGGCGGCGGCACGCUGCUGCUCAAGGAAGGCGCAGUGCUCGAGGUGCAGCUGCCUCUACACCCUCUCUCGCCUCUCCAGCGCACUACGCUCGACAUCGCAGAGGAUGCUUACCUCGUUCUCAUCUCUCUCGACGUGCAGGGCGGCUGGACGAGCAGUGCCGUCCCUCCCACUUCCAUCGUGCGUCUCGUCUCGACAACCUCCAGCACCAUCAUCAGUCACUCGGACGAGCACACGAGUGCCACGCCGCUCGGUCUGCUCCUCUACGCCGGCGUACGGGCCAUCGCCAAGAAGAUGUGGGGAGAGCCUGAGUACCUCUACGAGCUGUCGACGAGCACGCUGCGUCUGCUUUGCAACGCCGGCGACUACUGCUUCUGCUGCGCCGAGAGGCUCAAGUUCGGCGGCGUCAAGCCGACGGUAUGCGACAGCCCGCUGUGCCAGUACCAGCUGGAUGAUCUCGGCCUCGGCGCCUCGCUCUCCGAGCUACGCGACGAGCGCAUUGCCGACUUUCUCAUUGCCACCGCCCACGCCGCAGCCGUCGGCGCCGUCAGUCGACCGUCGACGCUUCCCGCGCUGCCUUCUUCGCGCGACGGCUCGCCGUUGACUGCAAAGUCGCUGCGCACGACCAUCGAGGCUCUACCGCCGGUCGAAGUCAUGGCGGCCCUGUCGCCUACCGAACUCAAGGCGCAGAUUGGAGCAGAGGCGUUUGCGACGCUCAGGUGGAUCUUCACCUCGAAUCGCGCGCAUCUGGUUGCGCUGGCGCAGCAUGAGCGCAUCCAGAUCAACGGCGACGAUAUCGGAGGCGAGCUGCACCUGAAAGUCUCGACGAGCACGCGCAGCCACGAGGCAGCGUUCCAGGCGCAGAAGGCCAAGUACGGCAGCUUCAUGGCGUGGCAUGGCUCCGGCACGCAGAACUGGCACGCCAUCAUUCGCACGUCGCUCAAGAAUGCCUCGGGCACGGCAAUGAUGUCGACUGGGGCGGCGUACGGCGCGGGCAUCUAUGUUUCUAUAGCUCGCACAGCGUGCAAGACGCCGCUGAAGCUCGACCGCAGGUGGCCGAUGGCUCCUCGCUCUCGCUCGGCUACGCGAGAACCAUCGCCGAGUCGUGGGAGAACGCAGCAUUGGGCGGCCCGCUGCAGAUCCUCGCCGUUGUGGAGAUUGCCAACUCGCCCGAGCUCAUCCGUCCGCCGAGAGCCGGCAUGAUUGUCGCGCCGCAAGAGCACUUUGCCAAUCUCGCCUACAUCGUCGUGGGCACGAAGAACAAGCCAGUCAAGCACAAUAUCUCGGCCGAGGCACUCAAGAUCAAGCAGUACAUGAACGACACGACGAUUGCAUCAAUGGAGCCUAUCGACAAGGUCGAGAAGGAGCUGCUCUUCGUCGACAGCGUCGGCUACGCGUGGGAUAUCACGGAGCUCGUGCAGAUCAUCAAGGCGAGCCAUGGGCUGUUCAUCAACGCGUACAACAAGACGCCCUUUUCGCCGGUCGAUGUGCAGCGCAUCCUUGAGCAUCCAUCGGGCUAUGGCCAAGAGCUUCGCACGUUGGACGUGGAGAAUCGCGCGAUGCAGAAGCACGUCUCGCAACCGACGCUGGCCAAAGUGCGCGCAGCGGGAAACGUGGCCAAGUUCGACCAAUCCGCCGGCUUUGAUUCGGCUAUGCUCGCGCUCAACAACCUCAAGACAUAUCUCGACACGCUGCAGGGCAACGAGAAGCUGGCGCUCGAGCGUGCGCCGUUCUCGGCCGUCGACUCGGUCACGCGUCAGACUCGACGCACACAAGUGAUCAGCGGCGGCGAAUGCGUGCACGCGGCGGGCGACUGGCUAUCCGCAAGCGCAGCGACAAGCUCGAGGGCUCACCGCAGGCUGACGCCAUGCCCGCCGUGCGAAGAAGCGAGGGCGUCCGCAGCGCACGAGCACGAGCACGAGCACGAGCACGAGCACGAGCACGAGCACGAGCACGAGCACGAGCACGAGCGACAGCGGGGUAGGGGGAGCGAGCGAAGGGAGGGCAACGCAGGUCAACGUGCGGACCGUGCGUCAUGGCAGUGCGCCUCAGCUGGUGACGACGACGAGGCCGGCAGCCUCCAGCUGGUCCACCUUCUUCUUGUCGAUCUUGUUGAAGCGCGCCAGGCGAGCGCCGCGCGAGAUGCCGUCGUCUGCGACGGCAUAGAACUCGAGCGCAAAGUCCUAAGCGGAGAAGCGCGUGCUGCCCUGGCACGGCGCCUCAUGCUGCGCUGCGGCCGGGUGCAGCCGCAGCGCUCGCUCGCCUGGCCCCACAGCGGCCAAGCAAGACGCCGAGCGCGGGUGCUGGGCAGCAGAGAUAGGCAGAGGCAUCAGCAGGCCGCGAGCGAGCGGCACGCAGCGCUCAGUCCCGCAGCGCUGCGGCUGUGGCUGGCGCUGGCGAGCGGCCAGCGCUCAGGCACCGCCGGCCCCGCGUCGGCGCCGAGCCAAGACACGCGCUCGACGCGGAGCGAUGGCGCCGGGGCCUGGCCGAGUGCGAGGGUGCUGCCGCAGCGUGGUGCGCACGGGCAGCGGCGCGCAGCGGCGCGUGCCUCUCAGGCCGCGUCGCAGAGCGCAGCGCAUGAGGCGCACGGCCGCGUCCCCGAACGCGGCGGGCGCCUCAGGGGGCACGCCGCGCGCCGGCGCGACGUCGCGCCGGCACCGGGCGCGCCGAGCAUCAUGGCUGCUCGCGCCUCGUCAGGCCAGACGCAUGCCUCCAGCCUGCGUCGCAACGACGACGCAUCUGCCUUGUCCGCCGUCACAGACGUCUGCAAGAUUCGUCCAGCAGCGAGCGACGUGCAUGCCAGCCGUGGUCGUGCCGCGACGCCUGCUCGCGACGCCGAGCGUCACGCCGAGCGCCGCGCCGGCGUCAGCGUGCAGAGACUCUUCGUCGUCUUCUCGCCGCCUCGCCAGCUCUUCGUCGUCUUCUCGGCGCUCGCCAUCGCACCGCCACCAUGGCGCAGCCCGACUUCCUCAAGCACCUCAAGUACUUGCUCGUCAACCGUGUCUGGCGUGAGUGAAUCAGCGCCAGCGAAGCAGCCCUUGCUCACGCUUGCCCACGCAGCCGCCAGCACCAUCGAGGGCUCGCCUCACUGGUGGCUCGAGACGUACAUCGACAUGUGCCGCAACGAGCCCGACGCCUUCGCCGCGCUCUUCACCGCUCGCGGUCUGCGCGUUCUGGGAGCACUCUCGGAGAACGAGGAGGAUGCGCACGCGCAGCUGGGCGACAAGGGCAAGGCACUGCACGCCGCCUUGGCGCACGAGCGCCGAUACCAGCACGAGCCCGGCGCGCUUCCCGGCAUUUACCUCGUCGCCUUCGAGGAGGGACUCGAGGGACUCAAGGAGACGUAUCUGUACGGCGGACUGACAGAUCAUCUCAAACGUCGCAAGGGUCAACAUCUUUCCAAGAGCAAGUCCCCCGCGGCGCGCGACGCCAUGCGCACCUACCGCACCACACGCCACGCCAGCGGCGCGCUGAAGCACGGCCUCGUCGUCUCCUUCAUCGUGCUUGCCGAGCUCAGCAUGGCCGACGCACUCAAGACCGUCACCGGCAAGUACUCUCUCCGUAGCCAACUGGAGAUCCUCGAGGGCGUCGCCAUCCUUGCUGCGGGCACACUCUACGACGACGGCCGUAACCCGGCCGGACUGAACAGUCUGCUCGGCCCGUUUUGCUCUACGCACGUCAAGGCCGAGCUCUCCGUCAUUGCCGAGGAUGGCCGUCACGAGGUCAUGGUCCGUGAGGACGGCGGCGGCUAUCUUUCGGUCAGUUUCCACGGCACCAGAGUCACCCUCUCGGACAGGAACGCGUUCUCGCCCGGCGACAUGAUCUGGCUCUCGUACGACAAGCGUGCGUUCAAGGUCUACCGCAGCAGCACGGGCCCUCAGUGCUUGGCCAUGGCGGCGUCCCCGGAUGCGGUGCAGCGCUUCGAGCCGACGGGCGUGGCCGCAACCAUGUCAAGCCAGGAGAUGUAUGACUUGGCGUGCGACGUGCUGCCGCCGGACCUCGACGCACUCGAACCGCGCCUGGCGUCAUUUGUUCAGCACGGCAAGCUCCUCGAGAUCUUCAGCUCGGGCAAGGCAACAAGGCCUAUGCCCUAUGCAAUGCUCCCCGUCGGCUCGUUCGCGCGCACCCGCGCAGGCAAGACGCUCGGGGGCAAGAUCACUUUCGACCUCGACGGCGUGGAUCUCGACGUGGGCGACUACGCCUGGUUCCGCAUCACGGCCGGCGGCAACGUCGACGUCGGCGGCGGUCAGCUCCUCGAACCCCGCAUGCACAUUUUUAAGUCGAAGGACUCGCACGAGGUCCUCUACGGCCAGCCGCCCUCCAUGGCCUCGCCCGCGCGCAGGAUCGACACGCCGCAGAUGCGGCCCUCAAACGAGAGCCCUGCAGGAGAGGGUCAGCGUGGGCAGCGCAUUGAGGCCCUCCUCGACGACGAGGCGGAUCACGCGGUCGGAGUAGAAGAUAAAGUCGCUGCGCGGCGUGUGGGUGUCGCGGAUGAGGGUGAGGAGCGCGUCUGGGGGGCCGGGGCAAGGCGCCGCACAUUGGUGUGCGGCGGCAGCGGCGGCACGACGACGGCAUCGGCACUGCCGCCGCGCGCGGCCGACGUCGAGGCGCUCGAUGCACUCGGCGCCAUGGCGGGCGCGAUGUGCGCGGCGGGGCUGGGCGCUGGCAUGGCUGGUGAGGCUUCGCGCCUGCUCGAGUUCAUCCGGCUGGCGCUGGAAGAAGUGCGCCUGGAGCAAACGUGCUCUGUGCAUCUCGCACGGCGCUGCUUGCCACCACCACCACCCCUGUCGCCGCGCUCGACUCAUCCAAGGCAGCGCCACAUCUGCCCGCGCCCGCGCUCGACCUCGCUGGCGCCGAGGCGUUGCCGUUACCUCGCCUCACGCGCCUCGCCUCUCGUGCUCCUCUCGCCGCUCUUGCUGGCCUCGUCACAAGGCGACAUGGCGUCCAAGUUCUCCUCGCGCACCGCGCUGCCACAGCGCGUGCCCGCGCGCAUCCUCAUCGUCGGCGGCGGGCCCUCUGGCAUUGCCGCGCUGCGUGCGCUGCUCGACGACCAUGCCGGCGCCGAGGCGCUGCCGUGGCGGAGGCGCGACGUGGCGCUGUACGAGCGCCGCGCCGACGUCGGCGGCGUAUGGUAUCUCGAGCAGGACAUCGCGCGCUACGAAGCCUCGCUGCCCGCGGGCACGGCGCAGGGCCAGUGGCCCCUGCAUCCUCCCUCUUCGUCCACCCCCGCGUGGCCCUCGCCCGCCUACCCCGCCCUGCGCGGCAACGUCCUGCCGCGCUUCCUCUCCUUCUCCGCGGCGCCCUUUCCGGCGCCCAGCGAGGGCGAGACGUUCCCGACGCUCGACGAGACGCACGCGUACCUGCGCAACGCGGCACAGCGAGCGAGGGCCAACGUCAGGUGUGGCAUGGAGGUGCUUGGCGCUUGGGAGCUGGGCGACAACGACGGGUGGGCGGUGCGCGUGCGCGACUGGAACGAGGGCGGUGCCGAGAGGAUAGAGUACUGGGACGCGCUCGUCGUCGCAACAGGCUGGUACGACGCGCCCAUCUACCCUCCGGUGCCGGGUCUCGCGUCUGCCGUCGCCUCCGGACUCGUGCACCACGCCAAAUGGUAUCGCACUGCCUCCACCUACGCGCUGCCGCGCUACGCCGCGCGCCAGAUCGUCGUCGUCGGCAACGGCAACUCCGCGAACGACGCGGCGGCACACCUCGCGCAGACGACAACGAAGGAGCGCCCCGUGCUGCGCUCCGUCAUCGAGGCGGCACGCCCCGUGUUCGUGUCGCUGCCCGACGAGCGCAUCAGGGACGUGCCCGCGGUGAAGCGAUACGUCCUGAAAGAAGAGGGCGGAGAACAGACGCUGGAUCUGGAGCUCGUCGACGGAACAGUGAUUGCGAAUACGGUGGUACUGCUCGGCGUCGGGUAUGAAGCAGGCACUAUUCCCUGGGUUCAUCUUCUUCGCAAUGCCUCCGCCUCUCCCUCUGCUCUCGACGCCGCUUUCGAUGCGCGCUCGCCCGCCGCCGCCGCGCUCUACGCGCCCCUGACGCCUCCGCCGCGGCUCGCCGAAGCGCGUGCGACACCAGGCGCCUCACCGACGACUGCCGACGCAGACAUCGUCGACGCCUGGCCCUUCCGGCUGCCCAACUUGCACAUGCACUGCGUGCACGCCAUCAAUCCGAGCCUGUCGUUUGUCGGCUUGCCUGUCACGAACACGCCAUUCGUGCUCGCCGACCUGCACGCGCGCUACAUCCGCUGCAUCUACGAGCGCAGCAUCCUCCUGCCCUCCUCUCGCUCCGCGCGGCAACUCGACGAGACGCAGCGCGUCGCACGCUUGAUCGCUCGCCGCGCAGAAGUGGCCGCUCUGGACGCGGCGAUGCGCGAUGACUGGGCGCGCGCCCGCGAGGCAGGCGAGGAGACGGCACUCGCUCAAGCGGCAGCACCGCAGGUCGGCCCGGAGGCGUAUCACGUCAUUGUUUCGUACAACGAGGAACAGCUACACGCGCUGCACCUGCGCGCGAAAGUGGUAGAGGUGCGACCGUGGUUGGAUGAGGUGAUGGAUAGCUGGGAUGAUGAGAGGGAAAAGGAGAGGAAGGGCAUGUAUGAGAGGAAGAGGGAGACGCUGAUCAGGCAGAAGAAGAGGAGGGAAGAGGAGGAGAAGAUUAGGGCGUUGAGCGCGAAGCAUUAGAGAGGCGAGAGGCGAAUGACAUACCUUGAUGAUGAUG